AUGUCUUUAGAGGGCACCUCAAUUGAGUACGACAAACUAACUUUCAAAGACAAUGCUUCUCCAUUGACCUUCAAGAAAGUCACACACAAGUUACCUGUUUCAAAGGAUGAAAUUGCCGUGAAAGUUACGGCCGCUGGUUUAAAUCCCGUGGAUUUGGGGAUAUAUUACACAUUUCACCCUUGGGUAUCGUGUCUUUUCCCCAGCUACCGUACUUUGGGUCGGGAUUAUUCUGGUACCGUAGUACAGGUUGGUUCGGAUUUACAAAACCAGUAUUAUGUGGGCGAUAAAGUGUUUGGUUAUGUGCCUACGCUUUCAACUGGAACCUUAGCACAAUAUCUGUUCCUAAAGCCCAAAACCAAACACGAUGCUUCAAUUGUCAGAGUUGAUAGCAGCGUCACAGAUGAAAAAUUAGUUGAUUUUGCAGGAAUUCCUCUUGUAUUCCUAACUACUGUUCAAUCGCUGUCGGUUGCACCCUUGUCAGACAAAUCUCGUGUUGUAAUUAUCGGUGGAAGUACGUCCCUAGGAUGGACCGCUAUACAGCUUUUAUUAAACCACUACAAAGUCAAACCCGAAAACUUGGUAUCUGUCAAUGGUUCACGUUCCAACAGUUUUGUUCAAGAACUGGGUGUAUUGCAGCAGAAUACCAUCAAUUACGAUCAAGUUGAUAGUCUCCAGAAUCCUGUUCUGGAAAAGGCCAAAGACGGAAAGUUUGAUCUCAUAUUGGAUGCAGCAGGAAAUAGUGACCUGUUCGAUCAUAUCAAGGAGAUUUUGAAAUCUAAGGAGGAGAACGGCCAUUAUGUAACACUAGUAGGGGACCAUAAGCCAGUUUACGCUUCAAGUUUACUUGCACGUUUCCCCUCAUCUUUUGCUUCCUUCAAGAGAUUUAUCUACUGGAACCUUAUUGGCGGUGGUCCCAUUCACUAUCAAUUCAGAAACGUACAUGCUAGUAAGAAAGACAUUGAUUUGGCCUAUCGAUUGUACAAAGAAGGUAAUUACAAGGUCAUAGUUGAUUCGAUUUACAGAUCUGAGGAGGUAACUGAGGCCUACAAGAGAUUGGAGUCCAAUCAAGCGAGAGGUAAAGUAAUUGUCAAGUUUUAG